AUGUCGACCAUACAGCAGCUCAAAAACUUUAUCCGUCAUGGAAAACAAGCCCGCGUCGCCAACAUCAACGACGAGGCCCCGCGCAAGGAGGACGCCCCGCAAGCACCGCAUCCUGUGCAGGACAGGAACAUGCACGCCUCCGAGCCCGCCUAUGGCCAUAUGCCGGCGCAGCAGGAGCCCCUCGACGCCUACUCGCAGGGCCCCGGUGACGCCCACAACCGCGCCGUGCAGGCCGGCUUCGCCGCCGCCCACCACGUCGAGCACGCCCAACCCGCCGCCGCCAAGGGCACCAAGACGAAGCGCGUCGACGAGGCCGAGCUGAAGCAGCUCGUUGCCGAGGAAAAUGCGAGCAGGGCAAAGUUCCCCCGGUAUCCCGGCCUCGAGCGCUGGGAGCUGAUCGAGAAGAUGGGCGAUGGCGCCUUCAGCAACGUCUAUCGCGCCCGCGAUUUGCAAGGCGGAACCGGCGAAGUUGCCAUCAAGGUCGUCCGCAAGUACGAGAUGAACAGCAUGCAGCGUUCCAACAUCCUCAAAGAGGUUCAGAUCAUGCGACAGCUGGACCACCCCAACAUUAUUAAGCUCGUCGAAUUUUCCGAGUCGAAGCAGUACUACUACAUCGUGCUAGAGCUAGCUCCCGGUGGCGAGCUGUUCCACCAGAUCGUCCGCCUGACAUACUUUAGCGAGGAGCUGUCGCGACAUGUCAUCGUCAAGGUGGCCAAGGCCCUCGAGUACCUGCAUGAGGAAAAGGGUGUCGUCCAUCGCGACAUCAAACCGGAAAACAUUCUCUUCAACCCGAUACCAUUUGUCCCGUCCAAGGUCCCAAAACCGAAGCAACCGGGCGACGAGGACAAGGUCGACGAGGGCGAGUUCAUUCACGGCCAAGGUGCGGGCGGCAUCGGCGAAAUCAAGAUUGCCGACUUUGGUCUCUCAAAGAUUGUGUGGGAGACUCAGACCAUGACCCCUUGCGGUACGGUCGGAUACACGGCGCCCGAAAUCGUCAAGGAUGAGCGGUAUUCCAAGUCCGUCGACAUGUGGGCGCUGGGUUGUGUCUUGUACACGCUGUUGUGCGGCUUUCCCCCGUUCUAUGACGAGAGUAUCGAGGUCCUCACAGAAAAGGUGGCCAAGGGCCAGUACACCUUCUUGUCGCCCUGGUGGGAUGACAUUUCCAAGUCGGCCAAGGACCUCAUCACGCAUCUCUUGUGCGUUGAUCCCGACAAGCGCUACACUAUCAGGGAGUUCCUUGCCCACCCUUGGAUCCGCGCGAGCGGGCCCACGCCCCGCGAGGAGAAGAAGAAGUCGGAUGUUCUCCGGGCCUUCGACGCGAGCAAGUUCGAGGAAACCGGCAAACGCUACGACUUCCGUUCGCCAGCUGCCGUUAACCUGCGCGAGGUGUUCGACGUCAGCUACGCCGUGCACCGGCAAGAGGAGGAGGUCAAGAGGCGACAGCAGGUCGGCGCCCGGGCUGGCGGUGCCCAACCGCUUGCAGGCCUCGACGAAGAGGAGGAAGACGAGGAUCGCAUGCAGGUCGACCAGGAGGCCGCUCAGAAGCCCAAUGCGGCGACUCAAGCGCUGGAGCAGAGCAUGCGCAAGGCCAACCUGAAAGACCAGGAGCAGGCACGAGGUCGCGAGCCGCACCGCGCCAACGAGAAGGGCUAUGGCCAGCACUCGGCCACUGUAACGGCCGCGGCGCGACAGCAGGUCAGGGACCGCAACCGCCAAAAGGGUCCCUUUGAGCUGAACCUCGACAACGCCACGCUUCUGGGCAAGCGCGGCAAGAAGGUCCCCGCCAUGGGUGCUUAG